AUGCGGUCGCAGACAGCCAAGGUGAAGGGCCCGACGAAACUUUCUGGUGAAGGCGGCAACGUCACCACUGCUCCGCAGAAAAGGAACCCAAGCACUGGGGCUCCUGGUCGCCUACCUGGCCAGCCGGAGUCCCCUUCCAACGGGUCCAAAGUGUCGAAGGGGGAGGUGGUGACGCCCACGGCUUCACGCAAGGAGGUCCCCAAGAUCACAGGCGAACUGAAAAGUCUUCGGGAGAAGAAACUGCAGAGCCAAAACCAGAGGGCCCAGCAGGAUCGUUUAAGUCAAAAUCAGGUGGAUCCACCUGACACUGGACGAUCAAUUGGCAUCGCUUCAAUAGCCUCAGAGUCUACCUCCAUCCACUCACUUCGGCCAGGGGGUGGGAGAGCUACAUCUGAGCCACCUUUACCGAAGAGUCUUGGACAUUUGGGCAUUCCUAGUAAAAACCCAAGAUCAAGUCCCAUGCCUCAGGGUCGAGAAGCAACCAAUUCCACGGUCUUUGAACGGGAGCAGGCGCAAAGCAGACGGGCAGCCCUGUAUUCCGAAAUCCCUGACCAGGGACGAUCGUACCAAGACAGCUCUGCGGUCAAUGCCCUUGUUUUUGGACAACGGCGGACGCGUCCUGGUUCGGUGGAUCCCGGUCUCAGCGAAGAUCGGAUCCGUCCCGGCAGCCUCAUGGAGCAGCCGGCUGGCAUGCCAGCCUCAGGUGGUUCCAGAGAAGGUCUCAGGCGACUUCAACGGUCUGCGACGCCUCAACCGUCCAAUGGGGUGUUGAUGGGCGACUCCACCAUGGGCCGCAGCUGCUCCGAGAAGCCGGCAAAGCAUCGGAGGCGUUCUGUGCCGUGGAUCUCGCAGGGUGAUGCUGGGACGCUGUGCGAGGUGGUCUUUGGAAGCUCCACGAUGAAGGCACCGCCUCAUCCUGAAGUCCUUCGACAAGUCUGGGGUGGUUGUGCUGGCCAACCCAGCACACGGGCGGAUGGAGGUCGAAAGGCUCCGCAGUUUUCAACCCUGGCAGACCUAGAGGGUUAUGCUGGUUUGGUGAGCAGUACCUGCACCCUGACUUCUAGCCUUCCGGGCAGCCCCUUGUCCGAUACAUCUUCAGUAGUGGAGCCGACGAGGCGCUCAGGCAUCCGACUGAUUCACGAUGCUCCUGGUGCUUCAGACAACUACCAAAUUCAGGAGGCAUCGCCUCAUUGGCCGGUUGAGCAGAAGCCGAAAGGCAUGGUGGCUGAUUUUGGACGAAUGGCAUUUGUUUAG